AUGUCGUCCCUUCAUGCCGAUGGAGAGAGAACAACCAGCCCUCAAGACCAACAGGCAUCAUUGUCCACGGUGCCUCGAUAUAAAGGUUGUGUGCGCACUGGAUGCCUUGUCUGCAGAGCUCGAAAGAUAAAAUGCGACGAGCAGCGACCUAAGUGCCAGAAGUGCAUCCGGGGAAGCAGGACAUGCGUCUACAGGAUUGCGAACAGAUGGGAGCCGCUUCAAAUGCCUGUGGUAUCAAAUCAAGAUUUUGGUGUAUUCCAACAGCAACAAGAACCUGUCGGUGCGGAUACAAUUUCCGCUGGUGAAACGAUAGCAACUGGCAUUGAGAACUAUCCUGUUCUUGGGCAGCAGAUCCUGCCGGAGAGCGCCAUACACUCGAGCCUACCAAGCAUAUUGACCGUUUCAAAUGAUGUAGGCCCGACAUGCCAAAUUACUCGUUCGCCUAUUGAUAUCCAAGAGUCAUCUUCCGACCACAGCACCGGUUCUCUCUCCCAAAAGUUACCCAGUACUGAGUCCUCUCCGAGCAGCUUACAAGAAGCUUCUCAGCUUAUCUUACUGAGCACCACCAUUGAUUGGCUAGCAGCUUUUGAAGUGGCUAUACCCUCGUCAUUUUGCUAUUUCAUAGAACAGGUGGAUUGCCCUUUCCUUUCGCCAUUCGACUUUUUGAAUUGGAACCGUGUCAAGACGCACAUCGCACGUCUGGGUCUUCAAUAUGUCCCAGUAUCAAAGGCUCUUCUUGCCAUUCAGGCAGUUUAUAGAGCCCAGGUAGAUCGCCUGUCUAUGGUUCACGCCAGGUCAGAAUAUCAAGCUGCAGUGGACAAUUUCGAAUAUAUAUCGAGCGACCAGGGUGUUGAUUUUGAUGUCAUUCUGAUCGUUGCAUUCCUCCUCUGCUUGUGUAUGACAACCCUACCGAAUGAGGACAGCUCGUUCGGUGUAUUAGAUGGAACUUUUACCGAAAGACUGCAUGCUUGGUUGCAAGGCGGCCACCGAGAGCCUAUCUCCUCAAGGAUCUGUGCUUGGUUGCAGCUUUUAAACACGGCCACGAAGCGAUCAGGAAGUGUCGGCCUAUUAUCAGAGCAUAUUGCCAAUCUCCUGUAUGACCACAUAAACGACGUUCCCAGCCUUUCUCUACUUGACGACAAUACACCCCCAGAGCAUUCUUUGUUCGACGCUGUCUCCGCGCCUAUAUUCUCCUUUCAUCUCAGGGUUCAAAAAAUUUCGAAUCGAGUCGCAAAUAUUACGCAUUAUCGCAGGUCACGCACUACACCUGAGGAUCAAGCAGAGGUGACUGAGCUCGUUGACGUUUUGAAAACCGACCUUGCUUUUCUGUGGGAGAAUCGGCCAGCUCCUCUGCGACUACCGCCCGAUAAACUUCGAGAACACUUCUCUUCUCAGAUAUCCGACCCGCUCAUCGCACUAGCUGGAGUAUGUAGUGCAGCAUUUCAUACCGAGAAUGUUGUAAUUGGACGCAUACUAGGAGAUCAACCUUUUCCGUGCCCGGAAACCAGGCCAGCCCGCGAGGGUAUUCGCGAUAUCAUUGAUGGUAAAUGGAAUGCCUCACUAUGCGGAGCACUUAAUCCAGGUUAUCUUCGCCCACUAUUUAUUUAUGCACUCGAGAGUGUCGAAGAGCCGCAGACGCUUUGGGCCGCUGAGUGCUUGAGACGAAUUUCACAUCCUAUUAGUCGGUCUAACUUUCUUGCAUCUUUUAUUGAGGCCCACGGGAAAGCACAGAGAGCUCAAGCAAGAAGAGUAACUAUGAAGUACUUUUGCUAUCAGACUUUUAGCGUACCGCUACCAUAUAUUUAG